AUGAGGAUCAGCGCCUCCAAGUCCAAGACCGUUGCUCCAAGUCGGAAUAAGGGCGUCCAGUCCAGGCUGGAGGUGGAGGACUUCAAGCGCGUUGAGGGCGUGUUCACGACACUUGUGCACGAUGGGUUGUGGAAGCAGCAAAGUGUUUCCCCUGACGGCCACCAAGGGCUGCGUCGGCGUGGUUCAGUCUCUGGUGGCUUUCGCUGGGCCGAGCGAGAAGAAGAAGCCCAAGAGCAGUUGGUUCUCAGCCGGACGCCACCAGGACCAGCCGCAGCAGCAGAAGACCGGCGACGCCGCCUGCAGGACAAGGUCGUCCGAUACAAGUUUGAUCCGCGUGUCACAGCCAGAUACGACGUCCAGGCGCUGAUCGGCCGCGGGAGUUUCAGCCGGGUCGUGCGAGUGCAGCAUCGAACGACCCGCCAGCCGUUCGCCAUUAAGAUGAUGGAGGUGGAGGCUCCCGAGGGCCAAGAGGUGUGUGGUGCCGAGCUGGCGGUGCUGCGCAGGGUCAGCCAUGCUAACGUGAUCCAGCUCAUCGAAGUGUUCCAGUUUCCUCGUCGGGUCUACAUGGUACUGGAACUGGCCACCGGCGGUGAGUUGUUAGACCGCAUCGUCAGCAGGGGGCGCUUCACAGAGCAGGACGCCACCCGUGCUUUGAGGAUGGUCCUGGCUGGGCUGGGGUACCUACACUCCCUGGGUAUCACUCACAGAGACCUGAAGCCCGAAAACCUUCUCUACUAUCACCCCGGCGCCGACUCACGCCUGCUGGUGACAGACUUUGGACUGGCUACAUUUGGCGGAACCGAACCCGGUGAAGAUCCCUUGAGGACCACCUGUGGGACCCCCGAAUACUUGGCCCCAGAGGUCCUCCUGAGGAAGCCGUACUCCUGCGCCGUGGACAUGUGGGCGCUGGGCGUCAUCGCCUUCGUUGUGCUGAGCGGAUCCAUGCCAUUCGAGGACGACAGUCGCGCCCGACUCUACAGGUCCAUCGUCAGAGGGAAGUACGGUUUCCACGGCGACCCCUGGUCCUCCGUGUCCAACCUGGCCAAGGACUUCAUCCAGAGGCUCCUGCAGUCGGACCCGGACUCCCGGCUGAGCGCCGGCCGGGCCCUGGCUCACCCCUGGGUCGUCACCAUGGCGGGCGGCUCUCCGGUCCGGAACCUCCAUCGCUCCAUCUCACGCAACCUGAAGCAGCGAGCGUCCCGCGGCUCGUCGCGAUGUCAGAGCGGCGCCCGGAGUUCCAGCGAGCACCGGAGACGGUCGGGAAGAGGAGCAGAAGCUCGGUCCGCAAGCUGA